UGCAGAACACGAGUUGAUGAGAAAAAAAAUACUUCUCGGCCGCGGCCAGCCAUGAGCUGUUUGGAUGUUAUGUACCAAGUCUACGGUCCUUCCCAGCCCUACUUCGCAGCAGCCUACAGCCCCUACCACCAGAAACUCGCCCUUUACCCCAAAAUGCAGGAAGCCCCGGAGAGCGGCAGCAGCGCCGGCAGCUCCUUCUCCAGCCACGCCGCGGCCAGCAUCAAGGAGGAGGACUGCAGCCCCGAGAAGGAGCGACCCCCCGAGGCCGAGUACAUCAGCUCCCGCUGUGUCCUCUUCACCUACUUCCAGGGGGACAUCAGCGCCGUGGUGGAUGAGCACUUCAGCCGGGCGCUCAGCCAGCCCAGCAGCUUCUCCCUCGGCAGCGCGAAGGCGGCGCGGAGCGCGGGCUCCUGGCGGGAUGGAUCCUUCCCAAUGAGCCAGCGCAUCUUCCCGCCGUCCUUCUGGAACAGCACGUACCAGCCCUCCUCGGUCCCAGGCAGCCUGAGCAGCCCCCUGGCAGCUGCCGCCCACAGCGAGCUGCCCUUCGCCGCCGCCACCGACCCCUACGCGCCCACCUCUCUGCACGGCCACCUGCACCAGGGCGGCCCCGAGCCCUGGCACCACGCCCACCACCACCACCACCACCACCACCACCACCACCCCUACAUUGGGACACAGGGCACCGCCUACCCCCGCCCCACUGCCAUGCACGAGGUCUACGGGCCCCACUUUGACCCCCGCUACGGCUCGCUCCUGGUGCCCACCGCCUCCGUCCGCCCCCACCGCCUCACGCCCGCCUCCGUAUCCACGCCAGUCAGCCCCCCCUGUGAACUGGGCAAGAGUGAAGCGGGUGCUGCUGCGGCCUGGACGACACCGGGCCCCUUCCCCAGUCCAACAGGAGACGUGGCACAGAGCAUCGGCCUCAAUGUGGACACAGCUCGCCGUUACUCCUUCUGUGGUGGAUCCCUUCUGAGCUGAUGCUGACUCAAAGACUCUCAGAUCCCCCCUGCCCUUUUCCAAGCCCACAGAGGCCCUGCUGCUCGGGGGAAGACAACGGGAUUUAAAAGGACCUGGCACUGCAAGGGUGGUGCUUUAGACUGUUUCGGAGAUGAAAGUCGUUCUGUUGCAAGAGGAGAGCCAAAGACAUUGGACUUCUAUUUAAGCAGACCCCACACCCAGACCUGCAGCCAGACUACUCUGAAAGAGUCAAAUCACAUUGUGGAUGGUGAUGCAAAACCACUGGGCUUCAUACAGACAGCAGAGGAAAUUGUGGGGUUUUUUUAGUGGUGUGAAUAUUUUUUUAUGGCAGUGAAAGUUUUCUUGAAUGCAACCAUGCGGAAGCUACUCAUCAGUUUUGAACUGGAUUUUUAUUUUGCAUUAUACAAAAGUAAAAUGAGAAGAAACUGGAACUCAUGAACAUUUGCAGACUAUCAAGGAACUGGUCAGAUUUUUCAGCUUUGUCGUUGUGAGUGGCAAGUGUCUGACUGGGGCCACCUGCCCUGGACUUACAGAUAUGCAGCUGUUCCCCUCACAACUGCUUAAAUCCCAGAAAGACGAAAACCAAGGUGGCACUUCUCAGAGUCUGGCACAUUGCAUUGGCUGUAUAACAGUUGUUUGGUUGGGGGUGGGGUUGUUUGUUUGGUUUUGGUUGGUUUUUUGGUGUUUGGGUGGGUUUUUUUCGUUGUUUUUUUUUUUUUUUUUCUUUUUACAAUAAACUUUUUCUGGUGAAAGUUAAACCCUCUUAAAGCAGGGGGAGAAAGGAAUCUGAUGAAGAAUGGCUCACCUCCAACCCAACAGCCUUUAAAGGGAACACCAGAACGAAAAGCACGUGAUGGACAUUAGUUCUGAGUUGCCUCUAACACGUCCCUUUGUCUACUUGUUUCUGUCAUUUUGCCACUUUAGUAGCUCUUUUGUUUGGGGUUUUUUGAAAGGGGGAAAUAGAUAUUUAACAGUAGCAAAGCUGUAUUAAAUGUAUCUCCUCCUUUUACCCUGUGUACUUUAAUGAAGAAUUAAAGCUAAAUAAGAGAAAUGAGGCAAACUGGAAA